AUGGACGUUAAACUUGAGGAACUUGAGGCGGGCCACCUCGAUGGCAGCCGAAACAAGGCCAUUUUGAUCGUUACUUCCGUCUUCCUCGCUAUCUCCCUAUUCACAGUUAUGCUAAGAUGCUUCGUUCGCACACAAGUCGUUCGUGCUUGGGGGUGGGAUGAUGGAACUAUGGUUAUAGCUAUGGCUUUCAACGUAGUCUUCGCCCUCUGCGGAAUCAUUGGAUGUAAAUACGGACUCGGCAGGAAAUUGGCUUAUUUCACUACACGCCCGGACGACUACCAUAGCGCAAUGCUGUGCUGGUGGAUAGCCCAACUCUUCUAUGUAUUGACCUGCGUCGCCGCAAAAGUCUCAAUCAUCAUCGCCCUUCUCCGCAUCACCGUCUCUCGUGUUCACGCCUAUAUUCUCUACGCCGCUAUGACUCUCUCCGCUGCCAUUGGCAUCAUCUUUUUCUUUUUCACCAUGUUCCAGUGCACACCCGUCAGCUAUUUCUGGAACCAUGCGCAACCUACCGCCCAUGGCUCAUGCAUCAAUAGAAAUUCACUCCUCGCUAUCGCCUACUUGUAUAGUGUCGGCGCUGCUAUCACCGACCUGACUAUUGGAUUGCUUCCGAUAGCGCUGAUCUGGGAUUUGCGCAUGAACAGUCGCACCAAGGGCGCUAUGGCCGCUAUUUUGGGUAUCGGUUGCAUUGCGAGUGCUGCGGUCAUUAUUCGCAUCCCAUUCAUUCACCACUACAAAGAUAGAGACUUCCUAUAUGCCACUUACCAAAUCUCGAUCUGGUCAAACGUCGAAGCUGGAAUCGGUAUCACAGCAGGUUGUCUCACAACACUCCGUCCCUUAGUGCGCUUUCUUCGCGACGGCUCAUCCAAUGCCCUAAGUCGCACACCAAGCUCCUUUCCUUUAAGCGGUAACGUCGCUGGCGGCUACCACCGCUCCAUGCCGUCGAAGCAUAUAUCCCGUGACGAGCAUCAGCUCUGGACUGGGAGAGGAAGUGACGAUUACCACGGCGUCACGACGACUAUCUCCGGAGCUCACGCGAAACAGCCUAGCUCUAGUGAGGAGGACCUGACUCCGACUAAUGCCGAGGAUACUCCCGGGUGGAAGGUCGAGAGGUCUGUUCGCGUGUCUGUGCGCAAUUCAUGA